CAGACUGUGUCCAUUACAGUCCAUUUUACCACUUGUAUGUCGUUUUGGACAAAAACGUCCCCUGGAGAUCUUAAAAAAUAACGCUAGCAACAUCACUUUCACUACAGAUUUGUGAAGCUUGGAAGUUAUCAGUACUGAUUACUGAUAUUGGAAGGGGGAGUCAAUCCAAUCUCGACAUCACAGACAAUAUGAAGUGUGUAGUGGUCAGAAUUACCGACGGUGAAGAUGGCCUUUAGGCCGCAAAUGCUUGGAUGGCCCAGUCUGUAGAUUAUUGGACAAAAAUAUGUUAAUAUGGGUAUUGCUAAUGGCCGAAAUUUCCCCACGAGUCCAUCACGAACUUCAGGAAGUGGAAUUUGAUAUGUUUGCGUUUUUUUCUGAUUGGUUUACGCAGUAGCUGUAUUUGAAAGUAUACAAUACGUCAAAAUCAGGCAAACACGUAGUAAUAGAACGUAUUAGAAGAUAAGAAUCUUUCGGUAGAACACGAAGACAGUAUAUUAAGUACAUUCAGUGUCUCUUUAAACGGCUCGUGAAGACGACGGAUAUCGGCAAAGCAAUGGCAUUUUCUUCCAUGGUCCAUAUAAUUUUCAUCCUGUCCCUGGUCAGCCACAGUUCCUCCUUGGACGUGGCUUCUCCUCCUGGCAAGGAAAACACGGUGUGGGUCAUGGUGGCGACGGCAGCAAUGGUUGGGGCACUGGUGGCUUUGCUGUUGCUGGGGCUGGUGGGCCUGAUGUGGCAAGUGGCAGAGGUACGCAGUGGAGUGGGACCGCUGCUCCUGCUGCUCGCCGGCAUCGUUGGGCUCUGCAGCCUCAGCAUUACCUACCUUAUAGAGCGGGGAGAGCAUCUCUGCGUUGUACGGCGCAGUUUCUGGGGGGUGCUAUUCGCCCUCAGCUUUGCUUGCCUGGUGGUCCAUGGUGUGCGGCUGCGGCAGUUGGUGCGUGGUGCCCGUAGUCCAGGCAAUGGUGUUCUGGUGGGGCUGGCAGUGUUCCUUGCCAUAGUGGAUCCUGAGUGGAUCCUACUCAUUGUGGUGCGCAGGGACCUGUCAGCCUGUGAAUACCACCCACUGGAACUGGUGCUAACCAGUUCCUAUGUGCUGCUCCUGCUUGCGACAGCACUGGUGGGAGCAGUCUGGAGCCUGUGCGGGGGGCAGCCACAGUGGCGAUGUAGUGCCAUGUGGCUGCUCGCCACGUGCCUCUCUUCAGCCCUCCUGUGGACCACCUGGCUUACGUUACGUCUACAUGGCAACGCAGCUCUCGGCCUGUCCUCCGCCUGGGAUGACUGGGAGCAGGCCUUGCUGCUGGUGGCACAGGCCUGGGUGCUGCUGGUGCUGCAUGCCGUCCCUAAGGUCCACGCUACCUUGCGGGCCACACGCCACCGGAGGGACGGCUUUCCCUUUGAUGACAGCAGCUCAGCUUCUGAAAGUGACCAGAAUGGCACCAUGAGAACAGAGCCCAUUGCUCCCUGCCAGGGCAGCAUUGACCAGCCCAAUGUGCAGAUUUUCAUAGUGGAUGAGGCAGUCGUGUCCUCCAUGCCCCCCACCUUCACAGGUCCCCAUGAUGCACAGCCCCUCCCACUUGGGCCCCCCCAGGACCUGGAGCUAGGCCAACUUCCCUAGCUCAAGAUGGAAAUAUCCGUGGUGUCAUGACACUUUAAAGGAUGCAACUGCUUUGAAGGUUACAAUGAAGUCUCUGAUCUUCCACUUACUGUGUAUCCAGCGCAAUCACCCUCAGCACGGGAGCUCCGCAAGGCUAUGUGUUGAGCCCACUGCUGUACACCCUCUACACCUACGACUGUGUAGCCACACUCAGCUCAAAUUCCUAUGUGAAAUUUGCUGAUGACGCAGUAGUGCUCGGCCUCAUCUCCAACAAUGAUGAGUCUGCCUACUUGAAGGAAGUGGAGAACCUUGGAAGGUGGUACCUGCAUAACAGCCUCAAACUGAACGUCAGAAAAAUAAAGGAGCUGAUGUCGGACCACAGGAGGCAGUGGGGCUCCUGCACACCUGUCCACAUUAAUGGAGCUACAGUGGAAAGAGUGAGCACCUUCAAAUACCUCGGUGUCCACCUACAGGAGGACCUCACCUGGUCCAUACACGCACGUGCUCUGGUCAGCAAGGCGAGGUAGCGGCUCGAAUUCAGACAAAUGCUUCCGCAGCCUUAUGACCAGAAUGGAAAGGUCAAGGAGGAGCUUUUUCCCACAGGUCAUACUGUAAGGCUUCUAAACCAGGACAAUACUCAGUGCCUCUAGGUAUUGCUUUCACACUGUCCAAAUUGUUGGCACAUACCUCAGGCCUUUAUUGCACUUAUAUUGCAAAGCAAGUACCUCUUAUCUAUCACUUAUGUACAGAUUAUGUACAGCUGAAGAUUUAAUAUAUAUUUUUUAUCUCAUAUUGUUAUUUUUUCUAUGUAUUUUGUUAUCAUGCACGGCUGCUCAGAGUGACCAGGGUUACAUUCCACUACGUUGUAUGUGUACGACUGUGUACGUGACGAAUAAAUCUCUUGAAUCUUAAA